AAGAUGACUGUCCAUUAAAAUUAAUGAACUUUGUGCAACUGUGUCCUAAAGUUUUUGGGAAUGGAAAAACUAAAUAGAAAAGAUCUUUGCAAAACUGUUAUUAGAGGUUUUGUAUUACAUUAACAAAUUGGCAUUUGCAUUCUGUACAGUCAGAAAGAAAAGCAAUUGGUUUAAUUUCCACUUUCUACUUUUUUCAUAAGAUUUGAUUCUGUUCAUGUAGAUUUAACGGGACACGGAGAAAUUACUCUGCACAGAAUAUAUUUAAAGUUAAAACCAUUUUUAUAUUUUUCUGCUGUAUGAUGUUAUAAAUGUGAAAAGUCAUUUUGGAUACUAAAUCUUGGAAUUCCAAUGUUCGAGAUAAAGUAAACCUACAGUAUGUAUUGACACAGAUGCAGUUGUAUGACAUUUUUGUUCGAGCACAAAAUCCACGACUUCAAAUGAACCCAUUCCUACUGGGUAGAAACCAGAUGCAGGAUCCAUACCCUCCCAUUGCAAAGAACCGACAAACAUCAGCCCCAGCAGCCACAAGAGCCGGGACACGGCCUAGCUCCAAAUAUGGAGGUCAGCCACCCAUGACCAAGGACGAUAGGGGUUUAUCUGUGACCAGUUCACGGAUGUUAGGCAUUGGGCGGUUGAUAAAAUGUGCAAUGGAUCCACCAUUACCGCCUAUAAGAUCUUCAUAUCAAGCGUAUCGUGAUUCAUACCAUGACACAUACCCUGUGCAUGGUGACACAUACCCUGUGCAUGGUGACACUUAUCCUGUGAGUGGUGACACAUACCCUGUGCGUUGUGACACAUACCCCAUGAGUGGUAGUACAUACCACAAUAUGUUCUACAAUUCGUUUCAAGAGAGGGAUGUUCCCGGACAACGGCCAAUAUCCGCUACAAGCCAGAAACAGAAGCCAAUCUAUGGAAAAAAGCAGUUCAGUAAUGCAAUAAACAACCCUUCACAUGGUGCCCCAAAAGCUUAUUUUGGAAGUUACAACCAAAAUAUCGGAACAAUUUCUGCCUCCGGACUGGCUGCCAUACAGGGCGGGAAAAAAUCAUGAUGGUCGUCUGCAGAAUACCCAGUCUCCAUGGGAACCUAUCUUUUGUAUGUUUAUUAUCAGGUUUCUGUUGAUCAGAUAUUGAAAUUGCCUGUUAGUCAAUACUGUGGAAAUGGUUCUUGAAAUACAAUAUACAACUUUGUAGUAAUUGUCACCAUAUAACUACCUAUGGUUAAGUGGGGGGGGGGGGGGGGGGGGGGGGGGGAUUCUCUGUUUCUUUUAGUUGCUUUUAUUGAAGGAUUCACAGAAUUUACCAUAAAUUUGAAUGAUCUACACCACAUAAAAUGACACAGUACUGGCUUCAUGGCCAUUAAACAUAGAGGAGCUCACUUCAAAUAGAAGUCCAACUUGUUCACUAUGAGACUUUGAUUAAAAGUGCACUCAUUUAAGUUUUAUGGCCUGAUAUUGGUAUGGAAUAUAGCUCAAGAUGCCAUAUGAAUUGAAGGACGCCAUAGUGAGUUUAGUGGCCGUGCAAAUGUCUUGAUUGAUCUCUGAAAAAGAAUAUUGCAAUUAAUUUGCUCAUUCCAGACCUAGUACUUAAUGUACUUUCACUUUGUUUCCUCCCUCUCUACAACAAAGUGUCUCCCUUUGAUUACUAUUUACAACAUUGAAGUUAGCUGGUGCACUACCAGCUUUCCUGGUUUUUGAUUGGAUUAAGAUAUUACUGGUCUAAUGCUAAUAUGGCAUUCAAAGUAACUUGGUGGGAUUAUUUCUUAUUAAUCUUGGUUAUUUUAAAAGAAAAAUAUUGUUGAAAUUAAUAUGAUUUGUUUGUAAAGAGAGUUUUUACAUUCUCAUGCCAACAAAAGUGUUAUAAAGAUUCAAUCAAUGAAAUUAUAGAAUUUGGCAUACAAUGAUAAGUUUAAAUGAUUUCAAAAUUAUAAGCAGAAAUGACAUCUAGUUUUAUUAGACUAAUGAGAAAUGUAUCCCUUGUAACAAUGUGUUCAUACCUGUAUAUAUCAGCACUGAAUAAAUCAUUCUGGAAAGACCUCUUCAUGUAACAGUAUUAACCCACUUCCUCACAACAUUGGAAGAAUUUUGAUUUGUCUUUGGAAUGAAAGCUAGAAUAGAACAGUAUGUUUAUGUUUGCAAUUUUUCAGUCUUUUGUUUUUGUUUAUUUUAUUUUUCUUUGUAAGGUGUGUUUUCAUCUAUUGGGAUUAUUUUAAGGAGAAAAUAUUCAAGUGUUCUGUUCAUACUUGUUAUGCAUUAAUUCUGGGUUUGCUUCAGACAGUAAAACCAGUGAUCACUUAGGCUGUAAAACAUCUUAUUGUUAUUCAUAGUAUGUUAUAUACCCAUUGUGCAUAAAUGUAUAAAUUAAAUGAUGUAUGUAUGUAUUAUAAUCAUAUUUAUUGAACAUUUAAUGUGUGAUUGAUUUUUGGUUGAAUUUGAACAUAUGGCUAUAUAGUAGAUGAAGUUGUUUUCUUGUAUUGACUAAAUGUAUAUGUAAGUACUGCAUGAGAGAGAUUGUCAGUGCUUUUUAUUUUCAGUUAUCAUAUUAUAUUAACUGUGAUAAAAUAUUUUUUAUCCAUUUCCCAAUCAAUUAUUGAUACGAUAGUACCUCGAUUCUAAAAUAUUUAGCAUAUAGGGUGUUUGGAGUCUGUAGUUGUAAACAUGUCAUAAAUUCUCAAACCUAUUGCAGUAACACUUGGUGGAUAUUUGAAGGACAGGUAUUUAUUAUGCAUUCAGUAAUCAUCAACUCUUCUUAUAAUUAAGAAAGACAGUAUGACUACAUUUAUCAAGUUUGAUAUUUGCGUUCUUGCACCUUCACAGGUACAUUUAAUUUCCAAGAUAGGCUGACAGAUGUUGUAAGCACAUAUUGUGAGACAGAGAAAUGAAUCAUUGUGAAAUAGGUGUAUGCUUGUAUGCAAGGUCAUUGAGUGCUCCUACAUGUAUUUUGGUGGAGUUUUAUGUAUCUCAGAUUGUCUUUAGUUAAAUCUGAAUGAUAAUUAUUUUUAUCGUGUUGCAAAUGCUUAUUCCAUUGACAUGUGAUAUUUAAAUCAUCUUGAUUUUAUACCAGAUGAUGAUUUUUAUGUAUAUAGUGUCUAAUCACCAUCACUCCGUCCCAGAUAAUGUGAUUGUAGUAUUUAUACUGAAUUUUAUGAAGCAUUAUAUUUCAUAUUUUAGUUGUAAUUGUAUUUUUAUUUUUGGUGACACGUCAGCUGCCUUUUUUUACAAGUAGGUUCACGUUGAAUAGUGUCGGUCUAGAACACGUAACGGCUACAAAACAGAAAGUUAUAAUAAAGGUGGAUGAAAUGAAA